AUGGGUUCUGCCAAAGAAGAAAUUUCUGUUGAUGUUCUCGUCAUCGGCGCAGGGCCGACGGGUCUUGGAGCUGCCAAACGUCUGAACCAGAUUGAUGGCCCGUCAUGGAUGAUUGUCGACUCCAAUGAGACGCCAGGUGGUCUUGCCUCGACAGACGUAACCCCCGAGGGCUUCCUCUACGACGUUGGUGGCCAUGUCAUCUUCUCCCACUACAAAUACUUCGACGACUGCAUCGACGAGGCUCUCCCCAACGAAGACGACUGGUUCACCCACCAGCGUAUCUCAUACGUCCGCUGCAAGCGCCAAUGGGUCCCCUACCCCUUCCAGAACAACCUGUCCAUGUUGGGCAAGGACGACCAAGCCAAGUGCAUGGAGGGCUUGAUUGACGCUGCCCUCGAGUCCCGCGUGGCAAACACCAAGCCCAAGGACUUUGACGAGUGGAUUGUGCGUCAGUUGGGUGUUGGCAUUGCCGACCUCUUCAUGAGGCCAUACAACUUCAAGGUCUGGGCUGUGCCUACAACCAAGAUGCAGUGUGAGUGGCUCGGCGAGCGUGUCGCUGCCCCGAACGUCAAGGGUGUCAUGCACAACAUCAUCCACAACAAGGUUGCAGGAAACUGGGGCCCCAACGCCACCUUCCGCUUCCCCGCAAAGGAUGGUACCGGCGGUAUCUGGAUUGCCGUCGCAAAGACGCUCCCAGAGUCCAAGACACGAUACGGCGAGCACGCCAAGGUGACCAAGGUCGAUGCCGAUGGCCACAAGGUACACCUCAAGGACGGCACCGUCGUCAACUACAAGAAGCUCAUCAACACCAUGGCUGUUGAUGCUCUCGUUGAGACCAUGGGCGACAAGGAGCUCAUCGACCUCAGCAAGGGUCUCUUCUACUCCACCACCCACGUCAUCGGUGUAGGUCUCCGUGGCGAGCGACCAGAGCGCAUUGGUGACAAGUGCUGGCUCUACUUCCCCGAGGACGACUGCCCCUUCUACCGUGCCACCAUCUUCUCCAACUACUCGCCAUACAACCAGCCGCAAAAGGACAUCAAGCUUCCUACCCAGCAGCUCGCUGACGGCUCCAAGCCCAGCUCCACCGAGCCCCAAGAAGGCCCAUACUGGUCCAUCAUGUUGGAAGUUUCCGAAUCCAGCAUGAAGCCAGUGGACGAGAAGAACAUGCUCAGGGACUGCAUCCAGGGUCUCAUCAACACUGAGAUGAUCAAGCCCGACGACGAAAUUGUCUCCACCUACCACCGCCGCUUCGACCACGGAUACCCCACCCCCUCUCUUGAGCGUGAGGGCGUCCUCAAGCAGCUCCUCCCCGCUCUCCAAGCCAAGGACAUCCUAUCCCGUGGCCGUUUCGGCUCAUGGAGAUACGAGGUCGGCAACCAGGACCACUCAUUCAUGUUGGGUGUAGAAGCCGUCGACCACGUCGUCAACGGCGCCGUUGAGCUCACGCUCAACCACCCCGACUUUGUCAACGGCCGCAAGAACGAGGAGCGCCGCCUCGUGGACGGAGCUCAAAUCUUUGCUAAGCCCUCUCUUGCACUCCGUAACAAGGGUGUUGACUAGAUGUGCACUUUAUAGAAGGCCGCAUGUUGCGCAAAAAUGUAAUGUUUACAGGAUACCACGCUAUAUAUAGUUACCGAUACAGCCACUAGAUAGACUAGAAGUCGACGUCUUUGUUUGUAGA